AUACUAGAACAAAAUAUUUUCCGUCAUCUGCCGCGUUUGAAUUACGUGCCACGUUGUGUAUUCAAUGUCGUUUAGUUUGUAAAUAUAUUUGGUAUUGUGGCAGUGCACUGCUUUCAAUGGACAGGGAAUUUUUUUUUCGUUCUUCUGUCAUUCUAAGUCGAAGCGAUGGCAAGUACAACGAUAAAAGAUAGUCAAAUAUUAGAGAUACUACAUCAAUUAGAUUUCGAAGACGACGAGGGAGAUCCUUUUACAGGAGAGGAUACUGGCAAUGAGUUCGUUCCAGAUAGGAAUGAUGCAAGUGAAACCAGUACUAGCUCAGAAUCAGAGUCUAAGAGUCCACCACCAAUUCUGAAAAGUAGUCGAGGACGAGAUCGAUCGCGCAUGCGAGCCCGUAGUCAUGCACAUUACAGCAGAAGAUGUGAGCGCACUCCGCAAUUUACUAGUGCUCGCGGUAGCAGCAGUUCAGAUAAUCAGUUUACAUGGGCUGUAAAGAAUUUCACAAAAAACCUUCCUAUGCUUUCUGAGCCAUCGUACUCGAUACAAGACAGAACAAAUUUUUCAAAAUUAGACUAUUUUACUCAAUACUUUGAUGAUGAGCUAAUAGAUAUGAUCGUAGAUAAAACGAAUCAAACAGCCGUUUAUAAAACAGGAAAGAGUCUGUUAAUAACAAAUGGCGAGUUAAAAGUUUUCAUAAGCUUGUUCUUGAUUAUGGCAUGUAUUGAAUAACCAGUAAUAAGGAUGUACUUAUUGGGAAUUUAAUUAUUUGUUCUAUCAGGUGUUUAAAUUUCC